AAGACCAGUAUGCAACGGAUCUAGUUUCAGGCGUUUUUUUUACGCUUGAUACUUUAGGAGGUUAGGCCGGAGCAAGGAGUUUGGGGUAGCCAGGCAAGAGGGGAAGUGAUUGCGCUCGGCUACUGUGCGUGAGUGACAGCCGGGAAGUGCAUCUCUACUCUCUACUGCAUCCUCCCAUUUGCUCCCAAACCUAGAGAAUUCACUUGAUGUCAAAUCAACUGUCAACCCAACAGACAGGGUGAAAACAUAGACCAGGAUUUUUACUGGAGGAAACUGAAAUUACGAAAAUGAACGAGACAGAGCACAUCCCGCUUGCAGAAUACGAUUUUGAGAGAAAAUUUGAUGAAAAGGGCGCUCUCGAAUGGAUGCAAGAAAACUGGAGCAAGUCCUUUAUGUUCUGUGGACUGUAUGCUGCAAUCAUCUUCGGGGUCCAACACUUCAUGAGAGAGAGGCCCAAGCUGAACCUGCGCCGACCACUUGUCCUCUGGUCACUCAGUUUGGCUAUCUUCAGUAUCAUCGGAGCUGUCAGGACCGGAUGUUAUAUGUUCCAUGUCCUCAACAAAAGUGGCUUUAAGCAGUCGGUGUGUGACACCAGCUUCUACAGCGCUCCUGUCAGCAAGUUCUGGGCCUACGCCUUUGUCCUGAGCAAGGCCCCUGAGCUGGGCGACACAGUGUUUAUCGUGCUCCGUAAGCAGCGCCUCAUCUUCCUGCACUGGUACCAUCACAUUACCGUGCUGGUCUAUUCCUGGUACUCCUACAAGGACCAGGUGGCCGGUGGCGGCUGGUUCAUGACCAUGAACUACCUGGUCCACUCCUUCAUGUACACCUACUAUGCUGCCCGGGCGGCGGGUUACCGGGUGCCCCGACCCUGCGCUAUGGUCAUCACAGCCACCCAGAUCAUGCAGAUGGUGAUGGGGCUUGCUGUCUUAGGCUUGGUCUACCACUGGAUGCACGAAGUGCGCUGCCCGUCUUACGUGCCCAACAUCGCCUGGGGCUCACUCAUGUACCUCAGCUACCUGGUCCUGUUCGCCUCCUUUUUCUACAAGUCCUACCUCAAGGUUGCCGCUGACAAGGAGUCCAAGGCCAAGUAGGGGCUGGGUUCGUCAGAGGCAAGUUGUACACUGGGCAAGUCAUAUUAAGAGUGUGCCUAGUUGAGAAGAAUAUUGCGUUGUGCCAUAAUGUGUGAGUCACAACUGUUUUUUGCUGGUUGCUGGGUCCACGUCAAUUGUGACAAGCCAAUUUCUUCCCACCCCAACUUUGUAUUGCUGUAGCUCAUCUAACUAACUAGAACCCUGGAUAACACGAUAAUGGAACGGUUGUUGAGAGUGGACAAGGGAACCAGUGCAUGGUCAGAACACGUUAAUACUGUAUAACAAAUCAUUAAAUUAAAAAAAGGCGAUAGAGAGAGCAGCUCAGUUUGUGUUUGACUAAAUGUACUACUCACUUCAUUUUGAUUUCGUGGCUUUGUUAAUCAAUCUUUUUGACCAGCUGCUUCAGUCGGAGUCCAGUGAAAAAAACACAGCCAUAUGAGUCCUGAGGUUUCUCCAAGGGCAGUUUACAACCGCGUUUGCAGUCUGCACGUUCAAUGAAUUCGACAGUCACUGACAGGACAUUUUUCAUGCUGAAAGGCUCUAACUUGUAGUGAAAUCUGGUGCUUUAUAGACCAGCGCUGAGAAUUGUCUCACUGUAUUAGACCUCACAACCCUUGAGUAUAACGAAAUGACGAUCAAAAGGAACUAAUGCACUGAUUAAUGAGGAUAGUUUUUCUGUUUUAGUUGUAGGUAAUUGUCUGGGAAUAGGUGGGAGGAGAGAAGCGCACGGAAAGGAGUGACACUUGGAAUAAUGUGUCCAUUGUAAAUAAUAUAUCUUAAGAAUGUAUUUAUUUUCUUAAAAUCUAAAGUCUAUGGUGGUCCUUGGAGUGUACCAGGAAAUAGUGGGACUCAGUACGUUUCUGCCUGUCUUAAAUUGUGCAGUAUGAGUUGUGCACUUUUGUAUUUUAAAUGUUUUUCUUUACAUCACAACAAUGCACUAUAUUGUUUUUUUGUUUUUUUAAGUAUUACAUCUCUCUGUGUGUUCAUUAAAGAAUCGGAAGCCCCCUGAGAUUUAUUUUUAUUUGUCAAACAGCAUCCGAUCGAUCAUCAUGUCACCAGAAUAAGACCCUCAAUAUUUAUUGGAAAGGAGCAACAAGCUCAUCACCGUGCAUUUUUACCACCCUGUGAAGUUCAUCAUAACUUCCCACUGAGCACAGACCUCAAUUCAAUAUCUGAUCCAUGUUGGUUCAACAUCAUUUCAUUGAAAUGACAUGGAAACAACAUUGAUUCAACCAGGGUGUGCCCUGAGGGUUAUUUAAUUUGUAGCCUAAUACACUGAAUGCUUUCCCGAGUCAUAGUGGGAGAACCACACACCAUAUCAUGGUGUGAAUUUGAGUUUACUUCGAUAUGACAGUUAUUAUAUCAAUAUUUGUGAAUACCGCCAUUUCUCCCAUAAUACAUUUUUACAGACAAAAACAUCCCACCUAGCGUAACACAUUUGCUGUUUCCAUCAGGCCUGUCAUGACAUUUUCUAUCCGACAUUUACUUUACUCGCAUACAAAUGUUGGAUGGAAACCUGGUUACUGUAAAGUUAUUUUGUUGCUUUGACAAAGUCAUUUCUGAUGAUUAUUAUUUAUUUCAUGUGAUUAGGGAUGAAUCUAAUCCAGGGAUGGGCAACUGGCGGUCCGCAGCCCCUCUGUUGUAGGCCCCGCAGGUCAAUUUACCCCCCCCGGGAUGUGGGUACACAGACCCGCGAGCCACUGCGGCCCCUCAUCAUGUAUUCAAAGU